GAGAAGGGCUGAGGAUGCUAGACGCUUCUCCCGGGAACUAGCACCUGUUUUCAGCGGGAGACUGGGAGGCUGUCGCUACAGCAGCUAUUGCAUCGUGCUGGUAAAUUAUCCAUUGCACGGCCCAUAAGCGGCUCCUUGGCGCCCAAGGGGAGCCCUCACCUGCGAGGAUCCUGGGAACUGUGGUUCUGCGUGGGUCAGCGGCGAUGGCCUGAGGGCUGGUUCCACCUGGUCUUGGUCCAUUUUCUCAGAUCCCUGCCUACCAGGAAAAUACUUUCUAUAAAGUCUUCUGGGAUCUUGGCAUCCUACUCUGAGAGAGCGAAGACUGAUCCAAAGACUGAGGCAAAGAUGGAAGAACCUGUAAGUCUUGAAAGGUAAGGAGCAAGUGGCAGGAGACAGUUGAGGGCCUACAGGCUAGAAAAGAAUGAAGGCAGAAAAUCAGGGAGCCCCUGUAGAUGGAAACUCCAUGCUUGUUGAAUGAAGAGGGGGUGAAAGGAUGGGAUACUUGCUGAAGAGUCGUAGGCUUAGGGACCACAAUAAAGGCCCCAGCAACAUCACAUGGCUUCUCUAUCCCAUGGACCCUGGAUGCAUGGAAACAGGAUGGGCUUUUAGAGUUAGGGUUGGAAGAGGUCACUGCAGCAGCAGAACUCCAUCUUGAGCUGAAAUCACAUCUCGUUGGCCUUCUAAUGGAAAUUUAAGCCAUACUCUGGACUGACUGUGAGGCCAUGAUGCUGUUUGAUCCCUUUAGCCUGGGAGAUCAGAAGCAGGUGAAGAUUUACCUUAAAAAUGUAGAGACCAUAAAGAUGUGGAGACCAUGAAGUAGCUGACUCAAAAUCACAAGGCAGAAGGUAAGAAUUUUUGAUGGUCUGGAGAAGUGAAGAGGGGGCCAAAUAUCCAGCUUCUCCAUGUUUUAGGUCAUAGCUGAGUCAACUAUCUACUUCCCCAUCCCAGAUUUCAGAAGAUCUGCUUCCUGAGCAUCACGGAGUUCUGAUCUUAUAGCCUCUUUUUCUUCCCUUAGGUCUGCCAUCUAAUAGUACUGACUAUUUUAUUUAGAGACAGGGUCUCCAGAAGUUGCUUAGGGCCUUUCAAUUGCUGAGGCUGACCUUGAACUCAUGAUCCUCCUGCCUCAGCCUCCAAAGCCACUGGGAUUACAGGUACUGGUUACAUUCAGGAGUGUGAUUGUAAUCUGCCGGGAGCCAAAUGGAAAACUGAGCACUGAGCAGAGGAACCUAUACAAAGAAGCAAUGCUAGAAAUCUCCAGGAAUCUGCUCUUGUUGGCAGAGCCAAAGCCAGAAAUCUCCCCUGUUCCUCCUGCCUCUGGCUUUCUCCUGUCAACAGUUCCUCAACAGCAGGUGCUUCAGAUCUUUCCAGAGUCAUGUGCAGAAGCAAGCAUGGGGAAGGCUUUGGCCAGAUGCCAUCUUUCUUCAGACACCAGAGGACACACUCAGACUGUGGGCAAGAGCAGCAAGAUGCUGCAGCACAUCGACUACAGGAUGAGAUGCAUCCUGCAAGAUGGCCGGAUCUUCAUUGGCACCUUCAAGGCUUUUGACAAGCAUAUGAAUUUGAUCCUCUGUGAUUGUGAUGAGUUCAGGAAGAUCAAGCCAAAGAACUCCAAACAAGCAGAAAGGGAAGAGAAGCGAGUCCUUGGUCUGGUGCUGCUUCGAGGGGAGAACUUGGUCUCGAUGACAGUAGAAGGACCCCCUCCCAAAGAUACUGGUAUUGCUCGAGUGCCACUUGCUGGAGCUGCUGGGGGCCCAGGAAUUGGCAGGGCUGCUGGCAGAGGAAUCCCAGCUGGUGUUCCUAUGCCCCAGGCUCCUGCAGGUCUUGCUGGACCAGUCCGUGGGGUUGGUGGGCCAUCCCAACAGGUAAGGCAUUGGGAAGCCCCCAGCUUAGGAUAUCUUUGUAAUUGGCUAGCUGAACAAGAGCCAUUGGGAGCCCGGCUCUUUGGCUCACAUGCCAGUUUGCUGGUAGAGAUUGAGGGUGGAGUGGUCCAUCUGACUUGGUGGGCAGCUUUGUUUCCAGCUACAUUUUCCAAACAGACAUUUGAACUGUGUUCUUGGGGCUUUUCUCUUGCAGGCAUGAUGGGCCCACCUCCUGGUAUGAGGCCUCCUAUGGGUCCCCCAAUGGGGAUUCCCCCUGGACGAGGGACCCCGAUGGGCAUGCCCCCUCCAGGAAUGCGGCCCCCUCCCCCAGGGAUGCGCGGGCCCCCUCCCCCGGGAAUGCGCCCACCAAGGCCCUAGACUCAUCUUGGUCCUCCUCAGCUCCUUGCCUGUUUCCUGUAAGGCUGUACAUAGUCCUUUUAUUUUCCUUGUGGCCUAUGAGACUGGUUUAUAAUAAACUCUCAAGAGAAUAUUGCAAAUGCACCUGAUGUAUCCAUUUGUAAGCAUCCUUUGAUAUAUUGGGUGCUUAAUAAUUAGAGUCAAAAGGGUUGCCUUGGAAAAAUUAGCCCUAAUCUUACUUGCUUCCCUGUAAAAUACUUUACUACACCAUUGCAUCUGAUACAUAAUAGUCCCAUAAUAAGAGAUUUGCAAAAUUGGACCAUAUGAAACAUUUUCUCUCAUCAAAACUCAAAAAACUUCAGCUUGUUGAAAUAAACAUUCAUAUGCUAUUGGUAA